AUGCAUCCCACCAUUCAUCCUCUCAGUAAAAAAUCAUCAUGUGAAAGCUUAGCUCCCCUCAGCAACACCACCACAAAUAGCCUUUUUCUCGAUAACACCGAUAGUCUUUUACCAAAGGCUUCGCCUCGUCCUACAUCCACACCCACCAUCUAUCAAAAAUUAACAAAAGCCAAUAUUGAUUGGUGUCGUUAUUGUGGUACAACAGAAGGUGUCAAUUGGCGUCCUGGACCUUGGGGAAAGCGCACUCUUUGCAAUAAGCAUGGAUGUGAUUAUAAAGGUUAUGGUUUUGCAUGUAAGCUUCCUCGUCUCGACCUUACAGGUUUCACUAGAGAGACGAUUGAUGAAAGAGAAAGACCUGUUCUUCAAUUAUAUUGUUCCGGAUGCCAACGUAAGGAUUCAUGGCAAGGAAAUGUCUUGGUGCGAUGUGAAGGUUGCCCUAAGGCAUUCCAUCAAAACUGUUGUCCUACCAGCGGCGAACUAAGUGAUGAAUUUGUAAACUCUAAAGAAUCAUGGUUUUGUGAUGCAAGCUGUUGUGAAAAUACCCGUCGUAAGAGAAUCGUGGUUGAAUUGCCUCGUAAGCGCCUCCCAUUAAUGUGUGCUCCCAAAAGUAAUACUACCAGUUCCGCAAGCUCGGUUUCUUCCGAAUCCUCCUGUCGUCCCAGACGUGAAUCCUCCAUCUCUUCCAUGAGAUAA